CGAUGCGGAAGUGAAAUUGUUUUCUGAUUGAAAUUAUCAAGAGUGCUAUAAAAAAUACGCUCACCUGGGGUCCCAGCAGGUGACAAGUGUUAAAGUGCAAUGUGCUAAUUAUGUCACACGGGGCGUAUGCGUGAUGUUGAAAGCCAAUCGCAAGUGAAAGCCAAAGCAGAGGCAAAAGGCAAAGAGAGAGCGGAAAACAAGAAUCGAAAAGAAGAUGGUGGCAAAGUAAAAAGUCUAAACGGCCAUUCAAUACUUGUUGAAUUAUCAUCCGUGAAUGUGAGUGUUUUUGUGUUUGCGUUCGUGUGUGUUUGCAAAUGUCAACUGCCAAUGCCCUGAAAGUGUAAAGAGAAAAAUGUGAAAUGCGAAGCGGAAUCGGAAUCUCUGGGGGAAAAUGAAGUGUCAACGAUUUGAGAUGAAAUUAUCAAUUGCCCAAGCUGCUGCUGCUCCUGCUUCUGCUGUUGUUGAUGAUGAAAUGUGAUUUAUCCACCUGCCCGCGGCCGAGGUGAAUGUGAAUGUUUUUUAGGUGCGAGCGCGUAGACAACAAAGGGAAAUAAUGUCAUGCAUUGGCUCGACGGCAUUUCCUUGGAUGACAAUUUAAUUAGCGGACGCGCCAGCGGCAGCAACGGCGACAACAGCGACGGCAAUCAGCGGAAAUCAACGCAGUCGAGCUCAUCGCCCACCAAAGCAAAACGAAGACGUCAUGCACACUAUAAGCUAAAUAGCAGAUUGGACAGAAAGUCAUCGCGGGGCAUGAUAUACGAGAAUGAAGAGCUCAGGCUGCGCACCAUCAAUAUUAAUGCAGAAGUUGAACGAGGUCAAUCGGACAUCAAACGCCUGCGGCGUGAGAAUGAGCAACUGCGUCGGGAAAUCUGGACGCUGCGGGACGAGUGCGACAAGUUGCACAAGCGUGUCAAUGCCAAGUUUAGCGACCACGAGUACCGCGCCAGCAGGGGCAGUGGGGGCAGUGGCGGCACCUGCCACGCCUACCGCUGCAGCGGCGGGGGCGGUGGGCGCGGGAGCGGCGGUUGUGAUGUAAACAGUGAUGGCUCUGACUCAUGUGAUACGUGUCGCGGGGUGGAUGAUGGGCACUGCAGCGACGAGUGCUGCCAGGAGGGAGGCUCCUGUGCUCCUCUCAAGCCGCCCCUGCCACCGGAAGUACCUCGGCAUCCAUCACCGGCCAGGAACGAGGAUCAGAAGAGCCAGAACAAGGAGCAGCAGCAGCCCAUGCACUUCGAUCAUCUGUCAGUGGUCUCCGAGGAGACGCUUAGUAAUCCGGAGCUGUUGCUGGCGCAGCACCAGGAGCACCUGAUGAUCUGCACACCGGAUCCCAAUGGAUCGCAGAGUACGUUGCCCAGCAUGAUGGGUCCGCUCACACCACUGACGCCCAUCGAGCUGGUGGCCAACCAGUUGAACGACUUGCAGGCGACGGUGCCCCCAUUGUCCUACUUCGAGAACAUCCUCAGCCAGCAUCUGGGGGGACGCAAUGCGGCUCUCACUCCAUCUCCGGAGCUGGGCACGAGUUCGAGCACCACCACGGGCAAGACGAUGCGGCACACAAACGGGUGGGAUUACAACCUGCAGUCACCAUUCACGCAACGAAAGUACUCCAAUCAGUCCUCCCCAUCCUGCUCGCCACCGCCUCCGCCGCCACCUGUGAGCACGAUGACCACCUUUGUGCCCACCGCCAGCCAGCAGACGAUGCCCAAGAUAGCUUUGAAUGCCCCACCACAUCUUGUGGUAGACAGCGGCGAUAUCCAGACGGUGGCCAUCACGACGAAUGCCACGCAACAAGCGCUCAACAGUCCAAAGCAUUUCUUUGCACCGAUCAAGCCGCGCCUCAAGCUCAACACCAAGUUGGCCAAUCAGGGACAGGGUCUAGAGCCGGAGGACCUGCCUCCGGGAUCUCCACCGCCGCCUUUAAGGGAUCCGCCCGAUAUCUUCGUGAACAACGCCCUGGCCUCACCCUACCAGCGAAGAGUUUCACCCCAAGUAAGUCCGCGUCAUCGGCGCACUGCCCACUCGCAUUGCCACGCUCACAGCCACCAGAGGAACCGCCCACAACCGCGUCCACAGCCAGGACACUGUUCCCUGCACCGGGCCGUGGUGGAUGUAGCCGCCGCCGUCGGUCUUGGUGAAGUUGGUCCGCACAUGGGCUCCAGUGUCCUUGACAUAUACACAGCUGCUCUGGCUGCAGCCGCUGCCGCUAGGGGUUGCUCCCCGCUGCCGACUGCCAGGUCAGCGGAACCCAUAUACGCCACUGCACAAAAGCCCGGUCAGAGCACGUGCAUCUCUUCAACGGCGCUUACCCAGCCGGUGAUGACCAUUACCACACAUUCCACCAAGACCAGCACUUCGCCAUUGAGAACGGUCCACAAAUCGAGGGCCGUGGGGCUGGUGAAGAGGGUGGCCAAGUCCGAGGAGAACGUCAGUCAGACGGAUUCUGUGAACUUGGAGUCGAUUCUAAAUGAUAUCGAGACUAUUUCGGAGGAUAUCCUGGCCAUUCAGCUUGAGAAAAGCAAGUCACGCGACAACCUAAGUCAAAAUCAGAACAAGGACGAUGAUCGAACGAAGAAGCCAUAUCGCUCCGAGAUGAAUUUGUAUCUGCAGUAUGACGGCACAAAUCCGACCAUUUCUCCUGCCACAACGGAAACGGAAAUGGGAACAGCCACCACGACUGUGCCCAGUACAAGUGAGUCGGGCCACAGCGGGACUGGAAGUUGGAGCGGUAAACUAAUGCGACGCACUCGAUCCCUAGAGCGGGAGCACACUGACAGCCCCGCACCGCACAUUCCGGAUCCCAUGGCUCCGUUUCCCGACAAAUGCACCUACCUGGGAUUCGAUCAGGUGAAUCAAGCAGCCGGAGUGCCGCCCCCAUCACCGAACGGUCCUAGGCCUCCAAUUGCAACCAAGCCGAAUGUACCGCUCAAGCCACCGCCACCGCUGCCGCCAGCCCGAAGGCCAACGAUGCCCACGGAACCACCGCCCCCGCCUCCAACAACUUCUGCCGGCGGCAUCGCCCUGCAGCCCAACAAGAGCCAACUGUACAAGUCCCUAGCCUCGGCGGCGGCCAAGAGAGCCAUCUUUCGUUCGUCGCCAUCGCAGUUAACCCGAUCCUUGGAUGUAGACCUCACAGGAGCGGAAGCGGCGGGCGAGAACGGAGAGCAGGUGGCCUCGGGAGAUCUGGACGAGCUGGCUCGUCGAAAGGCGCGUCGUGUAUCCAUUGUCUGCGGAUCGGGACAGAGUGGCCGGCCGGAUGAGGUGGCCACGCCUGUGACCACUGCACCCACGGCCACUGCCAGCUGUGUGGACUUAAGCUCAGUGCUCACUCAUCCGAGUGUAAAGGCCUUCAAGAUGAGCCAUAGCACGCCUAACUCGCCACAUUCCUCCCGCCGGCGUACUAAUAGCAACACGAUGGCAGCUCCUCUGGGAGCGGCGGGCGGAGGACACCCUGAGGUCCAGGCUACUGCAUCGGCACCGCCCAGCACUAGUCAUCACCAUCACCAUCGCAAGGAGGGCAGUGAUCCGGUGCCCAUGACGGCCACUGUAUCGCGGACUAAGUGCUCGAGGCGGCACUCGGAGGGAACCGUUCAUACUGGUCACCGCAACAGCUCCGCCAGCGGAGGAGGAGGCGGUGGCCACCACCACCACCACAGUCAUCACCAUCCGCACAGCGGGAUGGCUAUUAGCAGCAAUCCGCACCAUAGCCACCAUUCCCACCAGGACAGCAAUCACGAGACGGUGACCUCACAGUCGGACCGCAACUCCAACAGCUUUGCGUCCUCGCGCGAGUCCUCGACGAGCUUCAGCAUGCGCUCCACCCGCCGGAAGAUCUCGAUCAGCUCGCACACGGGGGGCAAGAUUCCGUGGUGCGGGUGCUGGGGCAACGGGUGUCUGUAGAUUAUAGCAGGUGGCUUCAUUAACCGUCCGGGAACAAAAUGCAGUACAAUUCGCUAAGCUGGCUACAUUGAUUCGCAACCGAUAACAUUUAAAAAAUAAAUUAGAAAAUAAGUAAGCUGAAUUUUGUAGCUAUUCCAAUUUAAUUUACCAUACAUAUAUUGUCAUAAAGAGAGAUUUCUUGAUCAACUCAAAAAUGGGAAAGGAAAAACAAGUAUCAACUUAUAAAAUACUUAGGAGAAAGCUCAAGAACCCACACAGAAAUUAGUAUAAAUUGAACACUUAAUAAAAACUUAAAUGAUUUCAGUUAAAGGUUUUCCCAGUUAUGCGAAUUGUACUGUAUCCCAUAAUUGAGUGUACAUUUCUAGAUCUUCAUAUACCCAACAUAAUUGUUUGUAUAUGGCUUAGUUAGUGUAGAUUCUUUAAGAAAUAAAAAACGACCCAGCAUUUUGUUUCUAGAAACAAAGUACAAAAACAGUUUGAGUAUGUUGCAAAGACGA